AUGUCCCACACGGUGUCUCGCACCCAGCAGCAGGUGUUUCGAGACUUGAAGAUAGACGAGAGCUUCUUCUUGCAGAUGCUGCUGCCGAUGGCAGAGGCAGAGGGUGACUUCGAUGUCUACCUCAUGGAAAAAGGCGUGAUGCCCGUGCUGCUGCAAGGUCUGGACGCUCUCAGCAAGCACGUGGACAAGGUCGCCACUGGCACCACCAUGGGCAGCAGCAAGCAGAAGUUCAACCCUCUCAUUUGGCUGGCCCAGUACCUUCUGCGGAAUCAUCCCAGCCACAUCCACGACCAUCGCACGGCUACGUACGACAAGAUCCGGGAAUUGGCAGAGGUCGAGCGCGGCCGACGAAACCUCCUCCGAAAACAGGAGGAGUUCGAGAAUGCCUGGACGGUGCUCUCGGAGGACCACGAGCACAUGCCCAUGGCACAGACGCCGCGGGUGAUCGAGAAACUCGACGCAACCUGGAAGUUGGAAGGCGAGUUCAUGAGGCGAGCAAAGCUUCCGGAGAUCAAGGCAGCUGAUCCGGAGAAGGUGAAGUUCUCAGAGUUUUGGGAGAGCUUUGAGGCCCUUGUCAAGGAGGGUGACCUGCUGCGUAUGUCGGUCUUUCAGGAUGCGGAGCGGCGCCAGGUUCGGACCGAGAACGAGGCGUUUCUGGUUAAGCGCGAGAAGCUGGAAGUUGAAGAGGAGCCGGCAGCUCAGGGUCCAGCCAACCCCCCGCCUCCGCCGCCACCUCCCGAAGAUGAUCUGGAUUUCUGA